AUGGCAACAGAACCGUGUCAUAAACCAGGGUCUUCUCGUGGUAUCUGCCUUCAGCAACCGUCGACCACCGCUAGUUUGUACCCGCGGCCGCCGAACGGUGUCGCAACAUUGUGCUGGACAGGGUCCAAUCGUGGUUUCGACCUGAUGACGAAGAACAAGCUAAGGAACUGGCGACACUUGUUCGCCGGUGGCUUGAUCGUCGCCGUCGUGCUCGGUUUGGUCGUCACAGCGACGAUCCUUCUGACCGGAAGUCCGGACUCCUCCGACUCAGGAACGCCAGCCGCGGCUGGUAUCUCCCUUGAAGAAUGGCUGGCGGGCUCAUUGUCCCCGAAGAGCUUCAACGGCACGUGGAUCAGCGGAAACGAGAUACUGUACCGCGAUGAAACCGGAAAUCUCGUGAUCUAUAACGUCACGUCGAGACAGCCGAGGAAAGUCCUCAGCUCCAGUAACGCGGCGCUGAUAUCGAGUUUCGACCAUCAACUCUCAGCCGACCGGAAGUAUCUUCUACUGGCCACCGAUUACCAGAAGCUCUAUCGGCACACGUACCUGGCCAACUACAGGAUCGUGAACCUGAAAACCUUGUAA